GGAAGCGGAAGAGGCGGAGCCCCUCUGGGAAGUGCGGUCCGCAGGGCUGCGCGGGUCGCAAACCUAGCGCAGAGAGAAAAAGAUUUUGACCGGGAGCUAACCUGGGAGACUUCUGGGAAAUGGAGUCCGGCGGGCGAGGAGGUCCACACGCAGGACCGGAAGUGGCGCUGUUGGAGCGUCCUCGGGCGCGGGAGCUGGGCCUGGCGUCUGGCGGUACCUCCGACCGCAGUUUCUGAGCUCGUGAUGGUAACCUGUAGCGUUGCGGGGUGGCCGGCGGCGGGUUUUUCCGCACGGCCUUCUGCUUGAGACCCAGUCGGUGGUUGCGCCACGAACUCCCGAGCCGCGCGGCCUGACUGCCGCUGGGGAGACGGAGAGACCUGGCUGGACGGGCUCGACCCGAGCUCCCCAGGGCUCAGCCUCGCAGGCUCAGCCUCGGCCUCCGACGGGAGAGGCUGGAGAGAGGAAGAGUCCAGCCUGGGAGCAGCAGAGCAGGCCAGCAGAGCGCGGCUGGGGCUCAGAGAACUGGGAGGCGGUGGUGCGAGGUGGGACCCAAAUGCUGGAGGAAGGAGAGCCACCUUCUCCAGACCCUGCCCUUGCCCAAGAGGAAACCAUAGAAGAUGAAGGAAUGGCAGCUAGUCUCACAGUUAGAGCCCAGGGAACCAUGCCCUUUGGCACCAUGACUGCAGCUCUGACCCACCAUGGCUGGAGGCCCUUGAUCCCUGCUCCAAGGGGAACUCCAAGGUUCAAGGAAGGGAUACCAGAAAAUGUCAGGAAUCUGGUCCUGCUGGGACUUCCGGUUUCCCAGCCUGGCAUGAACUCCCAGUCGGAACAAAGGGAAGAAGGCCCAUGGAUGCUGGAAGGAGGAGGCCUAAGGAGUACCUGUCCCGACUGGAAGAUUAUGUCUGAAUCACCGUCUGAACCUGACAUUUCUGAAGACUCAUCCCAAGACACAAAUAUAGAGCUGCCCCCUGGGGAGUCAGAUCACAGGAACAGCAACCUGGGGAAGAGCUUCAACCUGAGACCAGUCCUUUCUCCACAACAGAGAGUUCCUACAGAAGUGAGACCCCAGAAAUGGGAAACACAUACAAAGAGCUUCAAAAAGAAUUCCCCUAUAAUUAAGCCCCACAGAGCCAAACCAUAUACAUGUAGUGAAUGUGGCAAAGCCUUCAGUUACUGUUCUUCCCUUUCUCAGCAUCAGAAGAGUCACACUGGGGAGAAACCCUAUGAGUGCAAUGAAUGUGGGAAGGCUUUCAGCCAGAGCUCAUCUCUCAUUCAGCACCAGAGGAUUCACACUGGAGAGAAACCUUACAAAUGCAACGAAUGUGGAAGAGCCUUCAGCCAGAAUGCAAACCUCACAAAACACCAGCGAACUCAUACUGGAGAAAAGCCCUACAAAUGUAGCGAGUGUGAGAAAGCCUUCAGUGACUGUUCAGCCCUUGUUCAGCAUCAGAGAAUUCACACUGGAGAAAAACCCUAUGAGUGCAGUGACUGCGGGAAGGCCUUCCGUCACAGCGCAAAUCUUACAAACCACCAGAGGACCCACACGGGGGAAAAGCCGUACAAGUGCAGCGAGUGUGGGAAGGCCUUCAGUUACUGUGCCGCAUUUAUUCAGCAUCAGAGAAUCCACACCGGGGAGAAACCCUAUAAGUGUGGUGCAUGUGGGAAGGCCUUCAGCCAGAGUGCAAACCUCACAAAUCAUCAGAGGACUCACACAGGAGAGAAACCCUACAAGUGCAGCGAGUGUGGAAAGGCCUUCAGCCAAAGCACUAAUCUCAUAAUCCACCAGAAGACCCACACUGGGGAAAAGCCAUAUAAAUGUAAUGAGUGUGGGAAAUUUUUCAGUGAGAGCUCAGCCCUUAUUCGCCAUCAUAUAAUCCACACAGGAGAGAAACCCUAUGAGUGCAAUGAGUGUGGGAAGGCAUUUAACCAGAGCUCUUCCCUCAGUCAGCACCAGAGGAUUCAUACUGGUGUGAAGCCCUAUGAAUGUAGGGAGUGUGGGAAGGCCUUCAGGUGUAGCUCUGCUUUCAUUAGACACCAGAGACUCCAUGCUGGGGAGUAGCCAGAAAUAGGACCAAGGUGGGUGGGGAAUCUAGCAGGAAAUGCAAGUAGUUUGAAAACAUCUAGAGACCUCCUUGGACUUUUACAGUCUGUAACUCAGCCACAUGCGAGAGUACCUUUAAUAAACAGUCCUGAUUUUACAUGUUGCAUGUGGAGUGGAAAAUCUCAGGAGCUCUUCUCUCAGCUCUUCAGUAAGCAUCAACAACCCAACUCAGAUUUAUUCAGUGACCCAAAGUGCUUUUUGUAGAUCAAGCCCUGCAGAAACCAUGGUUUAUAAAGAGUAAGUGAUCAAUGAGUGAA